AUGGAUGCUGAGGGGAAACGGCACCGAUUUCUUGACAACAUACCCGGAUUCAAGCGUCGGACUGGUGAUCACACGGGUGGCAGCCACCUGUUGCGCUUGAACAGUUUGCCCGACGACGUUCUUAUCCUUAUUCUCUCCCAGUGUCGCAUUGACGAAGUCUUCGCCUUGCGUGGUACAUGCGCUACUUUUCGCAAUGUUUUCUCGAGAUAUUCAGCCCACAUCAUUCCCUCAGUCGCCCAGUGUACCUUCCCGGGGAGUAAGCUACUUUUAGAGCCACCUAUUGCUCCCUCCGGGUACAACUUGACGUGGCUCAAAGAAAGAAUUCCUCAGCAAUUGGCGGCUAUACUGGUCGACAGGCAUCGUUUCAUCUUUGAGGAGCAACCGAUGGGUCCGAGAAUUGGGAUAGCCGCCGAAGAUGCACUUGGUACAGUGUUCCGCGGUAGAGUCGCGAGCGGAUGGCGAAUCUUGGGACGGUUAUCCAAUAUCUCGUCGGAUAUAUACAGAUUGGAUGCAAAGGAUGUCCUCUCCAUGUCGGACAAGAAAGCCACGUGGUUGACGGCACACACAUCGCGCUACGAAAGCGAGACUGUGCGGCUUCGGGAGGAGCUGGUGUUGCAGCGACGAUUGCAAUUAAUCGAGACAAUAUCUGUCCACGAGGCAGAGGACUACAUCAUGAUGUUCAUGUUACUUUCAGGAGCAUGGAGGGUCGGGAAAUCCUCUCGACAGCAAUCGACGGUAAAAUCUGUUUCAAAGAAAAAUCCAACAUGGCCAUUCGAUUUCGGACACGGCAUCGACGCCCCGAGGAUGAUUCGCAAAGGUGAGUCAUGGGUGACGUGGUUCAUUCUCCACCAGGGUCCGCGACUGUUUUGGGAGCAGUGGUGGUCUCUUCCACCAGAGGCUCCCGAAACAACGGACCAUGUGCGCGAUCUUGCCAUCCAAGCCUUUUUCUCGCUGCUGCCAUCGGAAGACCAAGCAACGCAUAAUUAUACAGAUUUUUCAGAUCCGCAUGAAGAGUUGCACAUAAUGCAGCGCACAUGCGCGGAAACGGUGCAACGUGCUAUUCAGGAAAAGUGCAGCGUGUCGACAAGAACUCUACAUCUUCACUACCAAUCAAUAUACGACCGAAGUCGUCUUGAAAGGCUCGCGCGUAUUGGCGCAAGGGCCGCUGCCGCUGCCCAAGCGGAGUCAGAUACGACAAUGCUGGCCGUGCCGUUCUUCAUCGUCUUCUCCGCCCAUGAGCCUGCAAAGGGUGCACAGGCUCAGGUUCAUACGAUUCCGUCCGCUCAUUCGAUCCAAUCAGCAUUUUUCAGAAGGCGUUCAUAA